AUAAAAAAUAAAUGCAAGGUUCCUUAGUACAGUCUUAUUGUUUCACAAGCAAAGUCGUUUUAAAGUAUUUUCAUUAAAAUGCAAGCUAAAUUGUGUAAUUUAAUUUUUGUUGGAAUUUUCGUUUUCGGGAUCGCCAAUGGAAUACCAUUAAAAUCUAAUGACGAAGAAGAAGCAAGACAAUUUAUUGAAAAUGCUUCAAAAUCACUCUAUGCUUUCCACGAUAGAAUGGCUGAAGAUACAUUGGAAUCAGAAACUGAAAAAUUAUCAAGUAUUUUCAAUGCAAUUGAUACGAUUUUAAGUAAAACCGAUGCAAUGAUUGAUAUUAUUCGUAAUGCAUCACUUUUAGAUCAAACCGAAUUUAAAGAUAAAGAACUUAAUUAUGCAUUAAAAAAAUUGAAAAAAAUGGGUGAUCUAGCCGUAUUGGGAGGAGAACGAAUUUUUUCUACUUUAGCAGCAAAAAGUAAUUUGGAAAGUCUAUCUUCGAAUAAGGAUAUUGAAGGAUAUAAGAAUGAUAGCAUUAAAUUGGCAUAUUUUCCGGAUAUUCAAAAAAUAUUUGCUACCAGUAAUGAUCCAGAAGAAAUGAAGUAUUAUUGGAAUGCGUGGAGGGAGAAAAAUGACAAAUGGACGAUGAGUAAUUUUUUGAUUUUGGUCAAUAGUAUUAAGGAUGCUGCCAAUUUUACGGGAAUAUCUGGUUAUGAGUUCUGGAUGAGGGAUUUCAAUAUGACUCAAAUGCAUAAAGUAAUGGAGCAAAUUGAGCCUUUUUACCGUCAGUUACACGCCUUUAUCCGUCACCAAUUGAAUAAGAAGUACGGAUAUUCUGUAAUCAAUCCCAAAGGUUUAAUACCCGAUCAUUUAUUCCAACAAGUAUUAGCACAAACUUGGACAAAUGGAAGUAUUCUUGACGAAAUAUUCCCACACAAACACCUACCACAAUACACUGAAAUUUUGAUUAAAAAUAACUUUGACACUCUAAAGCUCUUUAAAAUGGCUGAUAAGUUCUAUGAAUCUAUAGGAUUUGACCCUAUACCCCAAAGUUAUUGGGGAAGCAGGCUCAAAAUGAAAUCAACAAAAGACGAAGGCGAUUGUAAAGCUACAAUUCUAGCUCUAACUUCAAAAGUCUUUAUGAAUUAUUGCCAUAAAAUGGAUUUCAGAACAUUCUUGCAGGCACAUGGUUACAUGGCUCAAAUUCAUAUGGCCAUGGAAAAACCUCAUUUACCGGCUUACUAUGCGGAUUCAUACAAUUUGGAGUAUGCUAUUGGUGAGACUGUAAUUUUAUCAGCUUCUUCGCAAAAAUAUUUGGCCAAAGUUGGAAUUGUACCUUCUCCGGAAUUUUCCGAAGUAGUUUUCAUGAAUCGACUUUUAAGACAGAGCAUUCAUGCUAUGCUUAAUAUCCCUGUUUACUAUGUACACACGAAAGUUAUGGCUGAAUUAUUUGAGGGAAAAUUUGAAAUGAUAGAAUUGAAUAAGAAAUAUUGGGAAUAUAUGGACAAAUAUGUUGGUGUUGGGCCACCAGGUGAUCGUGAGGGUAACUCUUUUGAUUUUCCCUUCAAAUUUUACUUGGAUUUGAAUGAAAAUCAUCAAGCAAGAAAGUUUAUGUCAGAAGUCUUGAGCUAUCAGUUUUAUAUGAAAUUAUGUUCAAUUGCUGACCAAUACUCAAAAGAACGUCUACAGAAUUGUGACUUUUCUGAAAAUAAAGAUGCUGGUGAUGCAAUAAAGAAAAUGAUAAAACUUGGUUCAUCAAAACCUAUGCGUGAGGUGUUGGCAACCCUAUUAUCUGAAGAUCCAAAAUUGAAUGGUGAAAGUCUAUUGACAUAUUAUUUUCCAGCUUAUAAUUGGUUGACUGAGAACAAUCAAGAGAACAAUGUGAAAGUUGGAUGGACCCAUUCUGAUAAGAAAAUUGAUAACGUUAAACUGCCUGAGGAAGGUAAUAAAUAAAUUAUAUUUGAACACGAUAAUAUUUAAUAAUAAAAAUA